AUGGUGGGAUGGAUAAAGCAAUUGGUAUAUUUUCAUCUUUUGUGCAGUGGUCAACAUGGGUUUGUGGUUGCAAUUACAGGCGUAGAAAACAUUGGGAAGGGGUUGAUUCACAAUGGGACAGGGUUUGUCACAUUCCUCGUGAAGUACCAGUGUGUUGUUUUCACACCAUUCAAAGGGGAGAUCUUAGAAGCUGUUGUUACUAUGGUGAACAAGAAAAUUUUGUCUUACCUUGUGAAUGUGAAUGGCGAAGCUGAGGAAUUGGAGAGUCCAGUAGAUGAGGGCGGCGGUGACCAUGAGGUCAGGGUAAAGGGUGCCGACGAUGAUCCGGCCGAGGGGGUACUAGCUCUCGGAGUCGAACCAGUUCCAGAAGUCGUAGAAGCCCUUCUCGGUCAAGUAAAGGGUAGUGCAGUAAUUGAAAUAGGGAUCGAACUCGUGGAUCAUGGACUCGUAGCGAAGGACGCUGAAGAGGCACAUAAUGAAGGCGAGGAUGUAGACUAA